CUUGUCAGGAACCCGAAUACGAGUCGGCCGUCUCUGAUUCGCCAAUGGGUUGCGCCAAUAGGCUCCCUGGCCUUCCCACCUAAGCCAAAAGUCCAACAUCAAAAACUGGUCAACGCGGGCCUGGGAACGCUCAUCCCGCUGAAUCAUGCCAUUUUCCAAGUGACGAACUGCCCACUGGGACAUUACGUCGGACGACUCUCGAAGGACACGAUGGGCUUGUGUACACCGAGUCGCCCGAGUUUCGCAGUUGCCCGCCCGCGACUAGAGAUGAGUCGGAUGGAAUUAAAAGAAGUGCCAUCCCGCCCAGGGACAUCUUGUUGGCUUUUUGUUGAAAGGUUAUUCGGCCUAGACUUACUGCAACAUUUGCCAUCCUGA